UGCUUUGCAAGUUGCUUUUUAAGAAGGGAGAGAGAGAGGAAAAAAACCAGCUCGCACACGAGCGAUUUGUGCGUCUUAAACUGGAAGGAAAUUGUGCGUGGAGGGAGGGGGGGCUUCUCUUCCUCUCUCUGCCCCAACCCACCGCGCUCCAGCCCGGCGCCUCGGCUCGGGGAAGAUCCAUGGUGGCAUCCCCAUGUCAUUCUGCUCGAAGUGACUUCAUGUGAUGUCAGCUUUAAAUGUAUGAGACCGUGAUCUGACGCUCAGGAAGAUGUUUGCUACCAAAAUGUGACUGUGGCCACACCGAGCUGCUUGGAUAUGUCUCGCCGGCACUGAGUAAAGAGCCGAGAGCGGGAGCGAGUCGCUGCUCACACCAAGUUCCCGCACGGUGGAGCGACAUGGCGAGCUCAGGGUCGCUGGAGACGGUCAUGCCUUCCUCCUGCCCCCGGCACGACGGCAGGGCCGCUGCCGCUAACCCCUCCAAGACCCUGGCCUUCUCCAUCGAGCGGAUCAUGGCCAAGACGUCGGAGCCCAAGCCAGCCUUCGAGCAGAGGCACGGCGGGCCGGAGCCGGACCCGGGCAAGAAACCGCUGAGCCUCUGCUCGCCCCUGCCCUGCGUGAUCCCUAUCCCGCCGCUGGGCUACGAGGUGCCCUCCAAGACUCUGCUCAACUACUCGGAGCUGUGGAAGAGCAGCCUGCGGGGCGGCGCGGGGCUCUGCAAAGCCAACUGCGGCGUCUGCUGCAAGGCAGAGCUCGCCCUGGGCCAGCCCAGCGGCCGGCUCAUCAAGCCGCAGGUCAUCCACCAAGCAGGGGCCGUACCGGCCUCUCCCCGCUCCCUCUACUAUUUCAACUAUCUGGACGCCGCGUACCACCCGGCCGACAUCCUGCACGGACAGCUCUUCCCCGCCGGCCUGCUGGGCGCCCCGCCGCCGGGGGGGCUCUCGGCCCAUCAGAAGCUUUUCCUGCUGGAGAACGCCAAACUGGCGGGGCUGGCGGCCGAGAAGCUGCCGCCGCCACCGCCCUUCGCCCACAAGGAACGGCUGCCGGGACACCUGGACCAGGUGAUGAAGGAGGCGGCAGCGGCGGAACGCGGCGGCCCCCCUAAGGGCCACACCAAGCUGGGAGGCGGCGGCAGUGGGGCGGCGGAGGGCAAGCCCAAAAACUUCACCUGCGAGGUCUGCGGCAAGGUGUUCAACGCUCACUACAACCUCACCCGCCACAUGCCGGUGCACACGGGGGCCAGGCCGUUUGUGUGCAAGGUCUGCGGGAAGGGCUUUCGCCAGGCCAGCACCCUAUGCCGGCACAAAAUCAUCCACACCCAGGAGAAACCCCACAAGUGCAACCAGUGCGGGAAGGCGUUCAACAGGAGCUCCACGCUCAACACCCACAUCCGCAUCCACGCCGGCUACAAGCCCUUCGUCUGCGAGUUCUGCGGCAAGGGUUUCCACCAGAAAGGCAACUACAAGAACCACAAGCUGACCCACAGCGGAGAGAAGCAGUACAAGUGCACCAUUUGCAACAAAGCCUUCCACCAGAUCUAUAACUUGACUUUCCACAUGCAUACCCACAACGACAAGAAGCCCUUUACGUGCGUCACUUGCGGGAAAGGAUUUUGCAGAAACUUUGAUUUAAAGAAGCACGUCCGAAAGUUGCACGACAGCGUCUCCAGCGCUCCUCCGCCGCCGCCGCGGGACCCUGGGCGCAGCGGGCAGAGCUAAGGGCCCGGCGCCCCUCCCCACUCGGACCUGCUCCACCAGGCCAGCACUAUUUAUCCAAAUCAGCCUUUGGUUCUCUUGUCUUUUCCCCAGCGAGCUCAGCCGCCGGUAGCAAGCGAUCCCGAGCCACAGUUGUAUAUAAGAGGAAUCUUAUUUAACGGCGCGUUGCACCGCCGGAGAGGGCCAGGAGAGGCCGGGCUGGCCGCCCCCCACCCGGCACCAGGACAGCGCUCUUUAUACGUGUCUGUAAAUCUCCAUUUUAAAUGUACGCUCGAAUAAGUGAGGAAUAUAUAUCUAUAUAUAUCUAUCAUGGGACAAUAAACCGGCCCUUCACAGGUG